AUGUCUUUCGUUGGCAUAAGCACCCCUCCUCGUGUCGCGUCACCCACUCCUAUUCCGAGCAAAAGAGCUGCUGCUGCCUUCAAUCCCAUGUCACCCUCGACAACAAAAGCUGGGAGGAAGACCCAGUCUGACCUCAACGAUGAGCGACUAUCGAAGGGGCCUAAAUCUUUGAUCGAGGAAGAGUCGCGAGAGAUAGAUUUAGAUGCCCUUCGCAAGCGUUGGGUUGGAGAGGUAGACUUGCCGGAACACAUGGAGCCGCUUUUGAUGGAGUCUAAGCGCCGGUUUGUCCUUUUUCCUAUUCAGUAUCAUGAGAUCUGGCAAAUGUACAAGAAAGCCGAAGCUUCUUUCUGGACAGUUGAGGAAGUCGACUUGUCGAAAGACUUUCACGAUUGGAACAACCGUUUGAGCGACAACGAGCGUCAUUUCAUUUCGCACGUCCUUGCUUUUUUCGCCGCCUCUGAUGGGAUUGUUAAUGAGAACCUUGUCGAGCGUUUUUCCAACGAAGUCCAAGCUGCGGAAGCGCGGUGUUUCUAUGGUUUCCAGAUCAUGAUGGAGAACAUUCAUUCCGAAACAUACUCUCUGCUCAUUGACACCUAUAUCAAGGAUCCCCAACAGCGGGAACACCUCUUCGAUGCUAUCGAGACAAUUCCUUGCAUCAAGAAGAAGGCUGAUUGGGCGCUGCGCUGGAUUUCUGACAAGGGAUGUUCAUUCGCGGAGCGUCUGGUUGCCUUUGCUGCAGUCGAAGGGAUCUUCUUUUCCGGCUCGUUCGCCUCGAUAUUCUGGUUGAAGAAGCGUGGUCUUAUGCCCGGCUUGACGUUCUCGAACGAACUCAUUAGCCGCGAUGAGGGCAUGCACACUGACUUCGCCUGCCUAUUGUUCAGCCAUCUCAAGAGACGACCACACCCAGAGGUUGUUAGGAGGAUUAUUGCGGAGGCUGUUGAAAUUGAGCAGGAAUUCCUCACAGAUGCGCUGCCCUGCGCGCUGAUCGGCAUGAACUCGGGACUAAUGUGUCAAUACAUCGAGUUCGUGGCGGAUCGCCUGCUCGUUGCUUUGGGCGACUCGAAAAUGUAUGGCUCGACAAAUCCCUUCGAUUUCAUGGACAUGAUUUCGCUUCAAGGGAAGACUAAUUUCUUCGAGAAGCGGGUCUCUGAUUAUGCUAAAGCGGGGGUCAAUGCAUCGGCAACCAACGUGAAGUCGGAAGUGUCUGCAAAGAGCUUUUCACUCGACGAGGACUUUUAA